UCUUCACUGUUCUGUCUCCCAAAUGUUCUUCGACUCAUCCCCCCCCCUCUAUUUUUUCUACUUCCCCUGAAGUGAUCUUCUGAAGACACUAAGAUUGCUUUCGAGAUGGGCGUUCUGUUCAGGAGUGGGGUCUCAUGGACGCUGAGGAAGGUCGUGUUUUUCGUGUUCGUCCUCGGGUGCGUCUUGCACUUCCUUUCAGGGGGACAGGAGGACAUAAUUGACAUGGUGAGAAGAAACAGGGCGUCGUUAGCGGUCUGUCCCUGCCACGGUUCAAAGGAGGAGACUGCAGAGGAGGAAACCGUUGGAGAAAGGACCACGAAGGUGAAUUGGAGGAACUUGAGCACUGAAGAACUGGGGAACCUAUCUGUGCUGGGAAGGUAUUUAUACCUAGAGGAACCCCUUGGCCCCCCUAAAGAUAGAACAUUUUUAAUCCUCAUAUGGAAAAAGGGAUUAUAUAUGGAACAACGCUUUGUGAAUGAGUUCACGUCCGAGAAGAAGGACCCCUUUGCGCGGUGCUCCGUCAAGAACUGCAAGAUGACGUACGAGGAUGAGGACGUCAGACUCGCCGACGCCGUCGUGUUCCACCUCCACACGACUCCGGGGCCGCACGACUUCCCCAACCGAACUAGGGCCUCGCAGCGCUGGAUCUGGCUCACCGACGAGAGCCCCUUUCACACCUUCAUGAUUGCCCAAGACAAAGACGUUAGUCACUACAACGGGUACUUUAACUGGUCCAUGUCCUACAGGAUGGACAGUGACGUCCCAGUGCCUUACGGAAGGACUCUCAAGCUAGCAGAGAGCGAAAGAUCAAAUAACACCGUCGAUUAUUUCAGCACAAAAUCGAAAGUCGUAGCUAUCAUGGGGUCAAACUGUGGGGGUCAGAACAGCAGAUGGGAGUACGUGCAUGAACUCGAGAAGCACAUUAAACUGGACAGCUACGGGGGCUGCGGAAAUCUGGAAUGUCCGGGACACUUCGGUGUGGACUGUCCAGCUCUCAACCAGUAUAAAUUUUACUUGGCUUUCGAAAACAGUAACUGUCCAGAAUAUAUCACAGAAAAGGUCUGGUGGAAUUCAUUUCACAAGGGAGCAGUGCCUGUGGUGAUGGGAGGACCCGUGGAAUCCUACAGGAAGAUCCUACCUCCGAACUCCUUCUUGCACAUCGACGACUUCGAAACGCCUAAAGACCUUGCAAAACGCUUAACAGCACUGGCCACGAAUCAAACCGCCUACAAUCACUUCCACGCUUGGCGAAGGGAGUACCGAGUCUCUAACGAACACGCCUACUUCCAGUCGCCGAUUUACCAUUACUGCCGGAUAUGCGAGGCCCUCAAUUACAACGAUCCGAAGCCGAAGAUGUACAAUCGGAUGCAAGAUAUUUGGAAAAUAGACGGGCAUUGUGUCCCGCCGUCUUGGAUGGACAGAUUGAGAAAGGCUAACCAGUAAUGGGCCUUUUAUAAUGUAUGCACACACACACACACACAC